AUGCCGAUGAGCGUCAGGUCGUUCGAGGAGAUGACCUCGAUAACCGAUAUGAAGGACGCAACCUACUCGGUAAAGAUGCGACCAAACUGCAACGUGUGCGCCGGUCAUCCAAACAAAAUGCAGAAUUGGCAGCGCUCCUACUUCUUCGUUAAGUCCGACGACUCGGCUUUCGAGGAGCCUCCUCGAGAGGACUAUCGGGUCCUAUGGAACCGUUCUUGUGUUGGCCAUCCCACUUCUCCAAUCUAUCCUGAGGAUUUCCUGAAGAGCGUUCGAGCCGUCGCUUUGCUUCAGAUCUACCGUUGGUCCGAGAUUACCGUCGAGAAGAUUCGCGAGCUUAAGGACCGGAUCGCUCGAAGAGAGUGGAGAUCUGACCUUCCGACCGUUCUUCCUAUUCGCGCCAAGCGACUAGACAUCCUCCCGAAAGACAUCCAGAAGCAAGUUUCUGAAGCAAAGAGGAUGGGAACUCUUCCCGAUUUGAGCGCGAUGUUAGCCGCCCAGCUGGGACUGGCUAGCGAGGAAGGACCCUCGGCGACGGUUCCUCGCACUGGUGAGGUUCCCCCUUCUGGCGCUAGAAGCGCGGGGAAGGGUAAGAAAAGGAAGAGGGGCGGCUCGGGAGUCGAGGGGAGCGCCGAGGAGGCGUGCGACGUUCCUCCUUCUGGCGAACCCCAGAAGAAAAAGAAGAAGAAGAAGAAGAGGACGAAGAAGCCUGUUGACGAGCAGUCGGAGAAUCCCGAGGAGCCGACUGAGAUUGAGGAGGGUGAUGUUCAAGAAGAAGAACUUCAACCCGAAGAGGAGGCUUCUGAGGCUGAAAUCUCGGGAGAACGGGACGACGCGGCCGGAGCUGGUGAAGGGAAGGAAUCUGAAAUUCCUCUUAACGUCGCCCGUCCAGACGGUUCUGAAGAUGACAGCGGGGAGUCGCCGCUUUUGAUCAGGAGACGCAACGACGAGGUCGGCGAUGAGGGGCGAUCUCUUAUUCUGGCAUCUUCUCGCGAGGGAACUCCGGUUUCCAUUGGGGAAGGGGUCGCUCAGAUCGGCACUUCUUCUCGCGGCUCCGCUAUCUUGAGGAGGGUGCCCGGAGUCAACUUUCCAGACAAGGUUUCGUUUCACUAUGAGGGACCGGCCCCUCUAGUGUAUGUCCCCGAGAAGUGUGGAGAGUUCCUUCGCCAAUUAAGGGGGAGGGCGAAACCUUUGCCCGCUGUGAAGGACCUCAUUUUUGGGGGUGAAUACGAGGAGGCCGCGAGGGCCAAGCUGCUGGGGGAUAGUGCGACGAACGUCGUGAUCGAUAAGUACGACACUGCCCUGAAGGGAGCUUUGGGCGAACUCGAGCUGGCUAAGAAGGAGCAGGCGGCGAAAGAGGAAGCUUCUGCUCGCCAGCUGAAUGCAACGAGGGCUGACGUCGAGAGGCUUAAUGUGAUGGUUGCUCGCAUCAUCGCUCGGAGAGAUGAGCUCAAAGCCGAGUUGGAGGUAUCUCGGGGAGUCGUUUGUGAGCUCGAGCGGAAGAACGCCGAACUUGAGAGCGAGAAGGUUUCGCUCGCUGAGUCUCAUGAAAGAGAGAUGAGGCGCCUCAGAGAUUCCAGGAUCCUGGAAGUGACGAGGGAAAGAGGAAGAGUUGAGGCCGAGAUGGCCGCAAAAGCUAAUCGUCGCUUCGCUAGGAUUCGCUCCCGAGAAGAGCGACGAGGUCCCUAUGAGGAGGCCCGGUUUCUUCAUAGCCAAGCCUUCGGAACCAGGAAAUGCCUCGAGGCUUUGAGGAGGGCUGGGAGCGACAUCUCGCAAGCUACUAUCGAGAUAUUCGCCGAGCAAGAGAAGAAAUACGAGGAGGAAGCCGAGAAGCUUAGGGUGGGCGAGAUACCCGAGGGAGAUCUCACACUUUCUCCUCUCGUAUUGGACUCUCAGUUUGUGGAUGCUCGAAUCUUGGCGAGUCUCGAUCCAUAUGGGUCCAACGCCGGCUUGAUCGAUCCGGAGACUGCAGCGAGUCUUCACGUUCCGCCUACUCAUCCGACUGAAGAACGGCGCGAAGACCCGGCGCCUCUUCUUGAAGGUCCUUUGGCUGAUCCAGAGGUCGUCCCGAGACCAGAUGAAGCGCAUGUUUCUCUGGCUGCUCGUGAGUCGAGCGUCAGGGCUUCGGAGCUCUCCGUCCUCAACGAUCGCGAGAGUGAUCGGGAAGCUUAG